AUUUUUUUCGUACCAAACAUGCGUGGAAACGAAUUGAUGAACGAGCAAAGAGACCAGAUAAUUAGUGCCCAUCUUGCAAAUGCAAAUGCUCCAAAAAUAUCAGCUGUGCUGAGCAUUGCCCAUACAACAGUAUAUGAUACUAUUGAUCAUUAUAAAAAAACUGGUUCUCCACAUUCUAAAAAAUAA